AUGACGGAAAAUAGACUGCGAGUGAAUCUCGACAUAUCGCACUGGAGCGUCGCCUGUGAGCGUCUUCUCGAUCAAUCUGAUGAAGAUAUGCAGCUACUAGAGAGAAUCUUUCCAUUCGUUCACCACAUCCACUCGCGCAUCGGCACGACACAAUCUUCUCAAUGCCCUGACCCGUCCGAUCCAAUAUACCAACCAGAAGUACAAUGUUUUGAAAACAUCUGGAGAAGAGUGAUCUUGACACAAGUAGAGCGAGAUGGCCCUAACGCUAUAAUUACGUUUGUCCCUGAGUGGGGCCCCUAUCCAUACCAUCCCCGUGGGAGUGUGCGAGAGUUCUCCGAGGUAGCCGAUACUGAAGGAGCGCGCCAGCAAGGCCUCUUUGAACGAAUCUGCAACAUAGCGCCAUGA